CAAAGAGAACGAACCAAUGAUAAAUAAAUUGAAAAUGGCGUCGUUUAGCCGACCAAAUGAAUCAAAGAAUAUAUUUUUCAAUUAAUUCAAUUUAGCAAUUCAAUAUUUUACAAUAAAACGUUGAAAACGAAAGAAUUUGACUGAUUUACGCGUGUUUUGCGGUGUUUAUAUUAGUGAGAAACGUGCAGAGUGCAAGUGAAACCAGAAAUGGUGGUAUAUGUUUUGUCAGUGUGAUAACAUUAAUGUUUACAUGAUUUCGGCGCGGGGCAACUUGGUAAAAUGUUACCGACAGUGGAGGAGACGCGAGGGUACGACUUCCAGGACCCUGAGAAUGUGGAGAAGUGGCGCGGCGUGUUUAUAAAUCCUCUUCGAAAGGUACUGGACCACGAGCACCCGACGCUGACGGCUGAGGAGAGCGCGCUGCAGUAUGUGGAGUCACUCUGUCUUCGACUCCUCGCUAUGCUCUGUGCCGUCCCGUCGCCGCUUACUGUCCAGGACGUGGAAGAAAGAGUGGCGCGCACAUUCCCGACUCCGCUGGACAAGUGGGCCAUAACAGAAGCCCGGGACCUCGUCACAAUAAAACGACGGAAGCCCAUGAUCCCCUGCGACAAGCUCCACCAACUGCUGCAAAAGGAAGUUCUCCUCUACAAGAUCGAUGUGUCAGUGUCUCAGUUCAUAACGGCUGUGCUGGAAUUCAUGAGUAGCGACAUCUUGCGGCUGGCCGGGAACUAUGUCAAGAAGAUAUCCCAGAAGUCUGGUUAUGAUACGAUCACGUGUCGGGAUAUUAAGACUGCUAUGUGCGCUGAUAAGGUAUUAAUGGACAUGUUCUACCAAGAGUCAGAACUGACGACAUCAGAGACAUCCGGCGGGGGCUCCGAGCGGCGCGGGCGUCGCGGGUCCCUCUCAUACGCGGAGCUCGUGAGGGACCUACUCACUGAUGAGAAGCAUUUCCUAAGAGACCUGAAUCUCAUCAUCCGCGUGUUUAAGGACGAGCUGGAGAAGAUUUUGGACAAGGAUAGUCGGGCGAUAUCCCUAAUAUUCGGCAACAUCGUGGACAUCUACGAGCUGACGGUCACGCUGCUUGGGAACCUCGAGGACGCCAUGGAGAUGUCACAGGACUCGCCCACUCCUUACAUCGGAAGCUGCUUCGAAGAGCUAGCGGAAGUCGAGGAGUUCCGCGCGUACGUCAGGUACGCGAAUAUAGUGACGCGCAAGGAGUCCAGGGAUGCUCUGCAAGCCAUCGUUGACGAUCCAGUCCUAUCAGAACGCCUAGAUACAGCCGGCCACGGGUUCCGUUUAGCAGUGAAGUACUACCUGCCGAAGCUACUCCUGGCCCCCGUGGCUCAUGUCUUCCUAUACCACAACUACGUGCUGGCGUUACUCCAGAUCGCACCAGCUUCCGAAGACCGGGAGAGCUUCAAACAGAAACACUCUGUAAGCUACAGUAAGAGUGACCUUCACCUAAUUUCAAGUGAAAUGGGCGGGGCAUCGCGUUCGCCGACGUUGUCUAAGGAUAGCUUUAGACAAUCUGAUUGGACAACAGUCCACAUGGACUAUGCUAGAUUGGUUUGCGAUAUUUUGUCUCGUAGAAAAUGGAGAUGGAGGAUAUUCUACAGUUUGAUAUCUCCUGCGUCUGAAGACAGGGAGAGCUUUAAACAGGUUGAGUGCAACUUGCAUCCGAUAAAGAAGUUACUCAUCAAGGCGCUGGGAAAUGGACCGAAACUUGACGCGACACUCCGUAUGGCUCACCGUGCUCGCCGCCAGCUCGCCAUAGAGAAGUGUAACGAGCUCGCGCGCAUUGUUGACAACUGGGACGUCAGGGACAUCGGGCAGUGCUGUAAUGAGUUUAUUCGAGAGGACACGCUCUCGAAGAUAGGCCCGGGCAAGCGUAUAGCGGAGCGGCGCGCGUACUUGUUCGACGGACUCCUACUUCUCUGCAAACCUAUAACUAGCAUUGUAGUAAACAGUGGAGGCAGUGGGGGCGCGGGUGGGGGGGCGCAGCAACUCAAGCUCAAGGAGAAACUCCACAUCCGGAAACUCGAGCUCGUCGACAGACCCGACACUGACGAGGGCCGUCACAUGGUGGAGCUAUGUCCACGCGUGGGACCCUGCGUGGUGCUGGCCUGUGCCUCCUGUGCUGAGAAGAGGAACUGGAUGUGCGAUCUCGUCAUGCUCAAUACUAAACCAAUGCUCGAUCGAUUUCUGGACAGCAUCCUCCUCGACCUAGAACGACGUCAUCCCCUAAAGCUGCCCCCCGCGUCGCUGUACCGCUUCGCAGUGCCGGACUCCCCCGACAACAUCCUCCUGGAGGACAACUCGGCGGCCCGUCACCAUGGCAACGCCGUGCCUCUCAUCAAGAAAUAUCUGUUUUAUCUAAACGGGGGUUUUUAA